AUGAAGCAGAAUAUCACCUCAAGUCUAUUCCCCGAAUCUCUUGAAUUGAAUACGGGUUCCCUACCGAUCUCUCAGCUCUCCAAACCCAGCCAUAGGCAAGAAAUCCGCAAAUUCUAAGAGGACAUUCCAUGGUAUUGUUUCCGUGGAUGGCCGGGAGCCGUCUAUCAGGAGUGUUCGCAAUUGGCCGACCUCCGGGACCCCUGAUGCGCUCCGCAUUGUUGAAGUUGGCCUUGACCCCCCGGCCCACAAGGAGCACGCAACCGGCUACGGAGACGGUGGGAAGGCAGCAACCUUCAUUGAGCUCGACAUCUCCGGUAUCAAUCUAAAUAAGGAGCAAAGAGUCAGGGGCAUCGGUAUCCAUGAUAGUACAGCACAGGCAAGUUCGAUAGCGAUCUUACCUGCAGCGAGCAAAGUGAGUUUAAUGCAUGAUGAAACACCUGUAUCGUGGUUUUAUUAAUACUGUUUUGCCCAAGGCACUCUCGAGUCCCCCGGGUACGCACCAGCCUAUGGCGAGCUUGGCCGCUCGGUUGACAACCCUGAAACAGCCUGGUAUUGUGAAUAUUAAUGGGCCGGUGGAAGCCUGA